CAGUCAGUUGCACAAUCAAGUCAUAAUUUGCGGUCUGUGUCAGGUGUUGCUUCACUAUUUUAUCUCACCUUCUUCAUUUGAAUGUUUGUCUUUUUUAAGGUUCAGAGCUUACUUUUGUAAACCAAAUUAUUAUUAUUUUUUUUUUACGACUCAACAACUAAAAUCUGUUGAAGCUUUAGCUGGCGGAGAGGAAACCACAAAGGAUCUACUCUCAGUUAUAUGAACUGAUUUAUCCGCAGAUGUGAUCAAACAACAUUUUACGAUGGAGGAAUCCUCUCUACUGUGGCGGCUGCUUCUGACCUCACUGCUGUGCUGCACAACAAAACAAGCCUCUCUGACCGUGCGUCCGAGCAGGUCUCAGUUCUUCAGCUGGGAGUCCGUCUCUCUGAGCUGCGAGGCGGACGGCAGCUUCGCCGGGUGGAUGUUCAGGAGGAACACAAGCGAUGAGGAGGAAACUACAUGUGGAGCCAGCUGGGGAAAAGUAGACGGCUCUUCGUGUCAUAUCAGUUACAUCGACCCGUUGGACAGCGGGGUCUACUGGUGCGAGUCCAUAGAGGGAGCGACGACCAGCAACACCGUCAACAUCACUGUCACUGGUGGUGAAGUGAUCCUGCAGAGUCCUGUUCUCCCUGUGACGGAGGGGGAAGAUGUCACUCUGAGCUGCAAAACAAGACCAACCCCUUCCGACCUGACGGCUGGUUUCUAUAAAAAUGGCUUCCUCAUUGGGACCGAACCCGCAGGUCACAUGACCAUCCACCACGUUUCCAAGUCUGAUGAAGGCCUCUACAAGUGUCACACCAGCAGUCACGGAAUGUCUCGACCCAGCUGGAUCGCUGUCUUGGAUGGUAACCCUACAAAUGCAGCCCCGCCCCCUGCCUCGGCCUCCGCCUCCGCCCACGUCGUGGCCAGACUGGUCUUUCACUUGGUUGUGUUCUUUCCAUACGGCGUCUCCACCGUCCUCAUGGUGUCUUUAUAUCGAAACAGGCCCACAUCGACGGCUCCGCCACACCGAGCUGAGGGCAGACCGGCUGAGGACUGUGACGACCUUGUGGCGGUCAGCACCGUGCAUCACUUCUGAGCUGAACGGACCACAGACAGAUUUUACUGUAAGGCCUUCAUCAGCAAGAUGAUAGCUAUGGUAUGAUUAUGAUACGGAAGGCCUGAGAGGUGCAGGUGAAGAUUGUAUUUUUUCUGGAUAUCUGUUUUCUUAAUGUGAUCUAAGUUGUUUUGUCUCCUGUGUUUAUGACUUCAUAACUGGUGAACGAAGAAAGUUCUACCAGGAUAAUCAGUCAACCUUUUUGUUUUGGUUCACUUUUAAAUAAAAAAAAAUUAAAAAUCUUUUUAUGUGUGAAAUCAAAUCAAAAUGUUAAAUUGCACAUGAAUGCUUUUAGUCCUAUUCAGAGAACAGGGUAGUGGUGCACUUCAGCCUCUGGUGGUCAAAAUUAAUAUUACAGAAAAACACACUUUAAGAAUUUAAAAAUAUUUAAGCUGCUUCACACAUGAAAAAAGCCUUUUUCUCACGUUUCCAUGGAUAAACAAAAAAAAAAAGAUUUGUUUUAGUUAUUGUGCCUGAUGUUUCUGCUGUGCCCGAGUCACUGCAGAGUAAAUAUAGACCUUCCCACAUUAUGAUAAUUGAGAUUAGUCAGAUGAGAAGUACUUAAUGUCGUGUGAUUGUGGCUAGCAGAAUGAGACACUCACUUCUUAUAUGUGUGAUCUGGUUUCUUUGGAAAAACUAUAAAUCUUCACAACUGCUUCAUCAGGUGACACUCCAUACUGAGUGUGUGGCUGAAAAUUUACACAUCUGAGUCAUAAGUCAGUUCUGGCAGGGAGGUGACCAGAACCAAAACAAGCCUGGAGUCCCCACAAGAUGACGUUUCAGGGUUCACACUUGGCUUUUUGGUUUGGAUUAUGUUAGUGUUUACAUUAGGUCUGGUUUUAUGGUUAGGGCAAGUCUUCAUGGAAACAUAUCUCAAAGCAAUGUCCUCCAAAAUCACAAAAGCCUGACUCAUUCUUUGACAGUCAGUGAGGAUUUUAGAUUCCUUGUGAGAACAUGUUUGAAAGUGAGGACAUUCUUGCUCGUUUUCAGGAUAAAGAGGGGUUAAAUGUAACGGGUUCUAUUUGGGUUCUCUUCACAACAAGCCAGCCAAAUAUGUCAAGUGUGGUUUGUGUUGUUGCAUCGUGUGGUGAAUACAACACAAUGCAUUAUGGAUAGUAGCCCAUCCAACUUGUUCUUGGCUCGCUGUGUCAUCUUUGAUUUUCAAUGGCUUGUGUUUUCAUCAAAGCAGCAUUAUGUAGAAAUGUGUAUUUUGCUUGAUUUUUCACUUCUGAGAGCAACAAAACUGCUGUAAAUACAAAUCUUAGGUUUAUGAUGUGCAUUUUAACUACAAGCUCGCAGUAACAAUGAAACUUGGAUGGUGGAUAACUUGUCUGAUGUCUUGCAUGCUGCGUGUAUUUCUGGCCAUGGUUUCCCAGAACACAUUGCAAUGCCGAUGAUGUUCAC